AUGCAUGAAAAAGUAUUGGAGAUUUGGACAAAAAUAUAUUCUGGUGAAUUACUACAGAAUGAUAAAGAAUUUGAUGAUAAAGAUGAAUUAUUACGACGUAUUAAAGACUUGCUAUUACAAGAAGAUAUACGAGAUGAGGAACUACCUUUAUCAGUCGUGAUACGUUAUGCAUGGUGGCUAACUGAUCAAAGCCCUCAUGAUGGAGUACAAGUUUUUAUAAAAUCACCACGUAGAUAUGAAAUGGAUUCUGAUGAAAUACUUGAAAAACUUGAAACUUAUGAUGAAGAUAUACAAAAGACCUAUCUUGAAUAUCUUGUCCUUACUGAGAAUAGUAAAAAAUCUGAAUAUCAUACGUAUUUAGCAUGCAGUUAUGUGAAAGAUAUACAAAGAAUAUUGAAAGACUCAAAAUGUUUAGAAGAAAUGAAAAAUACCCUUGAGGAAUUCAAGCGACAAGUUGAAUCCACUCAAAAAUCAGCUAAUCAUUUCACAUUUGUAGAUUAUCUUGAAUCUCAACAAUCAAACUUUCGUUUUAUUAAGCCUCGACUUUUAUUAAUUCAACUAUUAGAGAUUUCUCAACUUUAUUCUCCUGAAAUACUAUUAAAUGUUCUUACAGAGGCAGGUCCUUUGAAUAUAGAAAAAGCGGUUGUUUAUGGAAGGAUGAAUAAACAUAAAGAGGCAUUAGAUAUUUUGAUACAUGAAUUACAUGAUUUUGUAGGAGCAGAAACAUACUGUGUGACAAAUGGAAAAAGCCUAACAUUGAAUAAAGAGAAGUUUGAAGAGGAAUAUCUUUCGACAAAACAACUCAACGAAAGACGUGCCUUAUUUACCAUGUUAUUCAAAUCUUACAUCGCCAUUAACAAUAGGUACUUGAAAUUAUACCCGAAGACUGGCCAAUUCAUAUGCUGCAAGACUUUUUGA